ACAAUGAGUAUAUUUCCCGCCCUGUAUUUACUUUCCUGCAGCAUUAAAUCCUGGCAGGCUCACAACUCCUUAUUCAGUACCCGUUUGGAAUCAUUACUAACUGCACCCACACGCACUGUCGCACUCUGUUUGGUACUUCCACCGCCCUCGGCAUUGGAGCACUCUGUUAUCCAACACUAUUUUGGUCUUUAACGCCUGAGACGCAGAGGGUGUAGUUGGAGACCCCGACAUGUCCGGGGACACAGAGGAGGUAACUCGCUUACGUAAACCACGUUUCUCCUAUGAGGAGAACCAGAUCUUGAUCCAAGAAGUACGGGCUCACUACCCUAUGCUUUAUGGAGCACAGAGUCGGCGUCUUAGUGUAGCAGAACGUCGCCGUGUGUGGGAGGGCAUCGCAGCUAAGAUAAACGCUAUUACCAACUGGAAACGCACUGCCCAGGAGGUUCAAAAACGCUGGAACGAUUUCAAGAGGCGGACCAAGGAGAAACUGGCACGAGUUCCCCACUCUACCCAGAGUGGAACAGCAGAAGAGGCAAUGACUGCUGAAGAAGAGACUAUAUUUGCCAUCUUGGGGCCUGGAGUAAUGCCAGGGAGUGGUCACUAUGGAUCUAUCACACGCUUGGGAGCUAUUGAUUUCAAUCAGUCAGGCCCGGGGUCCUCUAGUCCUGAAACUUCACUCAGUGCUCCAUGUGCACCCAUUGAAGCACCACUCCUUCUCCAUCCAAAGGAAUCUCCCUCCCCAACAUCACAACUUCACAUUGUCCAGCUCCCCCAUCUCACUCCUUCACCAGACCCAUCAGAAGGUCCUUCACCUCCACCCCCUGGGUCAGGGACACCAUUGCUUACUCCCAGUGGAGUUGCUCAACAUUAUGACCCUACAGUUGCCAUGCUGAGGGCCCAACAGGAAACAGCAGAAGCAAUAAGGCAUCUAACCUAUACUUUGCGUCAAAGCAUGGACCGCUUGACCAAUGUUUUAGCUGCCAUUUUGCCCUUGGUCCCUCAUCAGCCACCAGUAUCACCUACACCUUCUGGUAUUCUUGGCCCUGUGUAUUAUCCUACUAAAACAGAACCAGAGUCUGAACCAUGUUGUCCUGUAACAUACGAGGAAGAAAAUGGAGAAGACGGGGAGGAAGAGAUCCAAGAAGUCAUAGCAGAACCUCCCAGGUCUCCUUCCCCUCCACCUCCAAAUAAAAGAAAAAGGUUUGGGUAUCUAAGUCAAAGAAAGCGCAGAGGACGAUGGAAAAACCUUUAGGAUUUUGUUUUUUCCUCACAUUUUGCUCCCCCAGCAAGCAUGAGGCUAUUAUAAACUGAUGCUUAGCUGCAAACUUGAAACAGCAGGGCAUCUACUGUGAGGGCUAUGUCUACUCCGACUUUGUUUAUUUAGCAGUAACAUUCUACUCGCCCCCCUUCCCCCCAGCAUCAGAGAGAAAGGGGAAGCUUAUCUGAGAAGGAUGGUUUUAUUUUAAUAGGUACAAAACAGGAAUUAUCAUUCCUUCUUUAACAGCAAACACAUCUGACUUCUUUGAAACUAUUCUCCACCUAUUUUAAAUCUGUAGAUUACAAUGUGCCUGGACUCCAUAACUGAAAACACCUUCAAAUGUUUCUGCAAACAUGGAACAAGGCGAUCUCCAGCACCUUUCUGGAUGAUUUAGUUAUAUUCCUGCCUUUGCAUAUUUGGCAGACAAUCCAAAAGUUUAAAUGUCUGAUUGACCUGAAAAUGUUAAUUAAGGGUAGGGUCCACAAAGAGAAGAGCAAUUUGCAAAUGGAAUGUGUGGAAACUACAGCUAAUUUGAUUGUGUGCAGAGGUCGUCUUAUUUGUAUCUCCUUUAUGAAACAUACUUUGUUUCCUUUUUUUAAUCCUUUAAAUUCUUACCAGCCCAGAGAUUGGCAGGCUGAAGUACUCAAGUUGCUGACAGACUACAGUUUAAUGCUUUUAAAGUGGCCUAAUUGCUGGUAGAUUGAGCUCCUUUCCAUAAUAUUUACUGGCAUUUUUAUUGGAUUCAUUAAUUAUAAUAAUUUAUUAAGGAGGAGGCUUAUGUCAAAUACAUAAUUCAGGACAACAUUAAUUAAAAAUAUAUAUUUAUUUUAUAAAUUCAAGUUUGGCAAAUUGGGGGAUUCUAGGAAAUAAGCUGGAACUGAAAAGUUGCAUCACUGCCUUCUCUUUCGUUGCUACUGUCUGUUCACCAUCUUUCUGCAUUUUCUCCCUCUAAAUCUCGAUGCCCCACUGAAAGCAAUAUUCUUGUAUAUAGAAGUAUACAAACUGUAGAUAGUAUCUGCUUCCAUGUUAUGUUCAAUAGGCAUAUAGGAGUUAACCUUGGAGCAUUGAUUAUGUAUGUAAAUAACUACAUAUUAAAAAAUCUUUGGUUCAUAA